CCGUCAAAAUGACGAGGGCAGGAUCGAGUUGAGACGUGUCCCACAUCGUCUGAGACCGCCAGUCAGUGCGGAUAGGAUUGGGGUUUACAGACAGUCUAAACUCCAGGUCCAGAAGAGUUCAGCGAGUUUAUAGCAUCGAAGUGUCCAGUCCAUUUUGAUUUUAUUCAGUGGGUUGGUGGGGACUCCACAAGGGUCUAAGCAAUUUGGUCGACUCCGGACACCUUUUCCAAUGAGCGUAAACCAUUUUUAUCUCGUCCUCUUGUCCGGACUGGCAGCUUCAGGCUUGUUCCCGGUCAGUGGGCUGAGGGUGGAAACGUCGGGGGAGGUGGAGGCAGUGAACGGCACAGAUGUGUGGCUGAAAUGUACCUUCCAGAGCAGCUCGCCCAUCACCCCAGCAACGCUCACGGUCUCAUGGAGCUUCCGACCCAUCGGACCUGGCCGGGAGGAGUCAGUGUUCUAUUACCAUGAGAGGCCUUACCCUCCCCCAGACGGGCGUUUCCAUAAGCGGGCGAUAUGGGCAGGUGACAUCAUGGGGCGGGACGCCACCAUCGUGGUACGUAAGGUCAAGUUCACUUACAACGGGACGUUCAGCUGCCAGGUGAAGAACCCUCCGGACGUCCAUGGCAACGCAGGGGAGGUGAAACUGACCGUGGUCACCACAGCCUCCUUCACUGAGAUGAUCAUGCUUGCUAUAGCCAUCGGGGGCGCCAUCGUGCUGAUGGUCAUCUUCCUCGUCAUCAUCAUGUCAAUAAGACGAUGUCGCGAGAAGAGACGGGAGGAAGAGGGGGCGGAGGAACUACCUCGCAGACAGAGAAAGGACCCUACCAUGUGCCACCCUUCACGGGCCAUCCACCUGUAUGUGGACGAUGACGUGCUAGAGGUUGACAGCUCGGACGGUAUGAUCUCGGAGGCCAGCACCAAGGACCCCAGUUCCUCUGAGGAAGACGACAGGAGCUCUGACUACGGCGGAGGCGAUGACUCUGACUGAGAUGGGGACAGUGAAUGUUGGCUUUAUUUUAGGCGUUACCUCUAUGUGCUUGUGGUAAAACUUAAUCCACAGUUGUUUUUUAAAAACUAUUGAUCCUCCGUGGUGUAUUUUAAAAAUGGGUGGGCUCCUGGACUCAUGUGAUUGGAUAGAAUAUAUACAGUUUAUAUACACUACAGUUCAAAAGUUUGGGGUCACUUAGAAAUGUCCUUGUUUUUGAAAGACAAACACGUUUUUUUGUUCAUUAAAAUAACAUCAAAUUGAUCAGAAAUACAAUGUAGACAUUGUUAAUGUUGUAAAUGACUAUUGUAGCUGGAAACGGUAGAUUUUUUAAUGGAAUAUCUACAUAGGCAUACAGAGGCCCAUUAUCAGCAACCAUCACUCCUCCUUUAGCCCGAAUAGAAACAGUAUGCAUUUGCAUUUGUUUAAGCUGUUUUCUAGUGACAUUUGUUUGGAGACAUCCAUAACAGUGAGCUAAUGAGGCCCGAUUUCGCCUGGCAUAAAUAGAAAAUGUGCUCUCUUGUCAGGGAACUUUUGUUCAGAGGAGCUAGCCAACAGCACAGCUAACACUCACUUCAAACUGAAGCUGAAAAGACUGCGAACUAACUGCACUUCGUUUCGUUUGACCUUUUUCAAUUUACAUUUCUUUGUAUAUAUCCAUAAAGAAAUGAUGCCAGCUGAUUCAUGAUUUCAACUGUCUCGUCCUGACUCCCGACACGUUCAUUAUUAUGGAACAGCUGAAGAUCGAAUUUGAAUAUUGAAACAAUGUUGCAAAUGUCAGAGACAGACAGCAAGGAUUAUAGAAAUCUCUGCUAUUGAAAACUAAAUGUUAGUCUAAAAGAUAUGUGAGAUAAUGUCCAGAUACUUUUUAUAGUGGAGUCAGUGGAUGUUUUUUACUGAUGAGACAGUGGAUUGCGCAGUCGGAUGGAACAGAGUAAAUAGGAAUUUUAACGUCAUAGAUUUAGCCGGUGAUAAUUUGUGGAAUAGACACUGGCUGGAAUGCGGUUUUAACCAAUCAGCAUUCCGGAUUAGACCCACUCGUUGUAUAAGUAAAUAUAAUGCAGGGGUUUACAGUGACUGAAGCCCCUGGGCCCAAGCCUAUGGAAGACCCAAGAGACAAAAAAACAGAUAUAGACAUUAUAUCAUAUAUUUUUUUUAUCCAACCGCAGGAGCCCACUCUCAAUGUUCAAAAUACACCAGAGAGCAUAAUUUAGCCACAGAGGAUCGAGAGUUUCAAAAAAUAGCUGUGGAUUAACUUUUAUCACAAGCACAUACAGAUAAUUCCUAAACUAAAGCCAACAUAAAGUGUCUUAAAAGGCCUGGGUUCUGGACCUGAACCAUGCCAGGAAUAUGCAUCCCACACCAUAACAUAUACUUUGUGUCUCUCAUUACUCAAGUGUUUCCUUUAUAUUGUCAGUUACCGGUAUGCCUCCAGCCUCCAUGUGCGUCAAAUAUACAGCUUGUUGCGUUGUGGACAUAGAAAUACAAUCCAUAGAAGGGUUUUGGAACCUCUUACCCUGGCAAUUUGACUGUUAAAUUCAUGGGUACACUAGCGUCCUGAUUUGAAUGGGAACUGCCAUCUAUGGAUUAUAUUAUAUAUGGAUUAUAUUAUAUUUCAAAAUGCAAUCGAAGGAGGGAAAAAUUACAGUUUGUAAUGCAAAUGCCUACUGCUGAAAAGGAGAAGACUAAACUGUCUAUAGAACCAAUGGAAACAUUUUUCUCAACAACUGCGAAUAUCAGCACUGUUUUUCAAAGGAGCUAAUCUUGAGAUAGACUAUUGCCACGACGAACACACACACACACACACUGAGUGUACAAAACAUUUGGAGCACUUGCUCUUUCCAUGACAGAAUGACCAGGUGAAUCCAGGUGACAUGUGAUUUCUUCAACCGCCCCUGCUGCUAAGCAUGGCAGCCGGGAUGACAUAACAGGAGAGGAGAAUAUGAAUGGAAUGCCUUUAAAGUAUUUUUUUUUUUAUCUCAAGCUGUGUUUGAAGAAGAGUUUGAAGAGUCUAAAACAAGAAUACAUCUGAGAAUCCUAUUGGAUGAAGAUGAUGAUGAAGUUUGAGAGGGGAAAUAGGAAGCACCAGGCAGCAUAGCAGACUAGUAUGUCCCAAUGCAGGGCAUAAGGACAGGGAAAGGGACAGAACACUGCUACCUGAAUGAGUUGAGUGGAGUUACGGAAAGAAAAAACUGGGAUCUCACAAUGCGCUGUACCAAAGAGAAUGUAUCACAUCAAGAAUGUUGGACUGAUUUGAAUAGUGUUACAUUUCUACGGAAAAUAACAAGUACCCAUAGCGCUAAGGCACCUGUCUCUGUUGUUGAAAAUAUCCACACUGUACACAAGAAUGGUCCUUCUUCUGUGUUUUCUGCUCUGUCAAUGGAUCCUAGAGCUACAGUAACCACUGUAAGUCAAGCUAUUAGUGCUGCACUGCCUAAUGAGACAGAGAUCUCAAAUGACUACAGACUGACAACCUGACACUGCCUGAGAUAGCCUGAUGGUGAUUGUGUCUGUCUGUCAAUUGGUGGAUUAGGUAGAUGCCGUGGACAUUCAUUGAUCUGGCCAAUAAGGACCAAUCAGGUUGAUUCUUAUGAUUCACUAUAGGAAUGACCUGAACUGUACUGUACAGAUAUUUUCUUUUCACAUUGUCCUUUUCAGCACAGUUCCCGCAACUAUAGAUGCGCAAUCAGCCCCAGCCAGUACAGCUGGGCAGUUUGAUUCGGUUUGCCUUAGUAUUGUGAAAGAGUAUUAGAGCAAGAAUAGUAUUUUUUUUAACCUACCAGCAUCUUAGGUAUCUACUGUACUGCCUUCACAGCCAGUGAAACUGAGUGGCAAAUAGCCAUGGCCCAAUCGUCGACAGAAAGAAUCUUCAAAUGGUCUUAUAUUACAGUCUUAGAACUAAGAUGAAAUGUCAUCAAUGCUUGCCAGGGUGCGUGGGAGUUGAAAAGAGUCGCAUGCAGUCAGAUCUGAAAACCCUUAGAUUCCAAAAUUGUCCUUGAGACGUUUUUAUUUAUUACAUUUCACUGUACCACUCUUUUAUAUAUAUAUAU